AUGAACAAGACUCUUGAUACUUCGGAGCCGCCUCUGGCAAACUACAUGGUGACGGCUCAGCAGAUCCCUCGAAGUGAAACGCGGAGAUGGACUGACAGGGGUUUGGAUAUGUGCAGGAAGCUACGUAGAGCAGAGAUCACCAACACACUUGAGCAAACCGACAGACUGCUUGAGGCGUUAGUCGGUGCGUUGUAUGCAAACCUCGGGAGGCAUAUAUUUCCAGCAUUCGGCCAACGACCAGGAGUCUGGAUUCCACCAGCAAGGAUAUUAUCAGUCGCAACGACAAAUAUCUCUGCCCCUCUCAGUACUUUCCUUACCACCUUCGAAAACCGUGAGCUGGCUGACGACAUUCCCCACAGCCAGGUGGCGCAUCUUACAGCAAUGCCGAGCGGGUCCAGCAAUGGUUCGGCUGGGAUGUAUGUCGGAAUGGGUGGUUUCAUUGGCGCUAAGGCCUAUCCAUGCGUCCCAUCACGGUUCUACAUGAUGGUAGUGCGGACAUCGCAAGCACAACGAUUCAGUCAGGCUUCGCUCGAUGGCAUUAAUUCUGCCUCACGGCACACUAGUGGAUUCCGUUAUAUUGAGUUCGGCGACUGCCAGCCACUUCACCCGGCAUCUGCUCGCGUCGAGGUCGCGUGCCCCUGCCACCACGGUCUCCUCAUUUUCUCCGUGGUGAGUCUCGAGAAGAGUAAAGGAUUGUUCCGACUGAAUUCUAAUGGUUUAUUCUUUUGCGUUAUGGUUUGUCUGGACACCCAGUCUUCGACAAGGUGCUGCAAGCUGUCGAGGAUUGACUCUUCUCAGUCGUGUCCAUUGGUCGCGAUCGCUGACGUCGAGGUGCAGGCAAAGGCUCUCACCAAUGAUGUUUCCAAUCUCAGCGUAUCAUCCAGCAAUGGCGACACGACCAUGGAAGUAAGCUGGACCUGCAGAAAUGCGUCCUUCCAGCAUAGGUGUAAGAAACCUCUAGGACUGCCUCUGUGUGGAAUCCAACAGAUGAUCCGGGCCUAUCUCCCUCCAAACCAGCGACUUUCACCGCCGCACCAGAAUUGA